AUUAAAACAUUUAUAAAAACUAUAGAAAAAUGGACACAGAAAAAUCAAAUCAACAAAAUCAACUACUUACAGAAGUACCCCCAACACUUCAACAAUUAUUGCUUACUUUAGUCAAAAUAUUUUAUGGAAUUGAAUGUUAUGUUAUUUUUUGUUAUAUUCAAAAGAAAAUUAUAUUAAAAGAGGAAGAGCUUCGACAAGUCUGCAAAAUUGAUCAGAGACAAUUGAGAAAAUUUUUGGUGACCUUGAAAGUGGAGAAAUUUAUAAAGGAACGGUUGGUGCCGCAAGAAGUUGAUGGCAAAGUUAGAAAAUUUACUUAUUAUUUUGUCAAUUACAAAGGAGCUUUAAAUGUUGCCAAAUACAAAAUUGACCAUAUUCGACAAAAAUUGGAAGUUAGAGAGAAGGAUGACAUUCACAGAGCUUUUUAUCGAUGUUCUAAUGAGGGGUGUAAAAGGCAAUAUGAUGUGAUGGAUAUGGGGAAGAUUUUUGAUCCUUUCACACAGGAGAUGAGGUGUUGGCAAUGUCACAGUUUAGUAGAACAAGACGAACUUGCCAGUGGUCCAUCCUCAACAACGCGUUCCUCUAUGGCCAAAUUUAAUGAACAAAUGACUGGAAUAUUUUCUUUAAUAAAACAAAUGGAUGGAAUUCGUUUUGGACGGGAAAUAACUGAACCAACUAUACAAGCACCUAUAUUUAAAUCUGAAGGGGAAACGAUUGAACUUGAAACGAGAAAAGUUGCUAGUCUUGGACAACGUGCAUUUUUUGGUGCUGGUAAAACUAGAAGUGAUUUAUAUGGAGGUGAUAUUACUGUUUCAAUUGGUGAUGAUAAUAUUGAAAAAACGCUUGAAGCAAAAGCAGAAAUUCCUUGGCUACUUAGUGCUAAACAAGUGGAUGUGGAUACUACACAAUUGGAUGGUUAUAAACAAACAGAAAAUAUUAACAAUGCUUCAACCUCAUCUCAACAAAUAAUUAAAAUUACUAAUCAACAAAAUGACCAUUUAGAAGGAAAUAAGGACGAGGAAGAAGAAGAAGUAAAAAUAAAGAGACCUAGACGUGAUGAAAUAGCUUUACUUUUGGCUGAUGAGGAACAAGAAGAAAGUAAGCAAAAAGAAGAAACUCAAAUUGGUGGUUCUGGUAAAGAUGAUGAUUCGGCAUUACGAAGUUCUCUAAAAAAUCAACAACAAUUGGAAGAAGAUGUAGAAGAAGAAGAAGAAGUUUUUGUAUUUGUUCAAGGAGAACGAUAUCGUGUUGAUGAUAUAAACGAAGCUUUAUUGGCAAAAAUGAGUGAACAAGAAAAAUCUGAUUAUUGUGAACGAAUGCAAAAUGCUUAUGCUGAUUUUUAUUGA